AUAGACUUAGUCCCAUCAAUCAUGAGUAAUUUGCUGAAUCCAGAUGCCAUCUUUUCCAACAAUGAAAUGAGUCUUUCAGACAUAGAAAUCUACGGCUUUGAUUAUGACUACACUUUGGUCUUCUAUUCCAAGCAUUUGCAUACGUUGAUUUUUAAUGCUGCCCGGGACCUUUUGAUCAAUGAACAUCGGUAUCCUGCAGAAAUCCGAAAGUAUGACUAUGAUCCGAAUUUUGCAAUAAGAGGGCUUCAUUAUGAUGUGCAUCGGGCAUUAUUAAUGAAGAUUGAUGCUUUUCACUACAUUCAACUCGGAACUGUGUACAGAGGAUUGAAUGUUGUACCAGAUGAAGAAGUAAUUGCUAUGUAUGAUGGUUCCCAUGUGCCUUUGGAACAAAUGAGCGACUUCUAUGGAAAGAGUUCACAAGGUCACACUAUGAAACAGUUCAUGGAUAUCUUUUCCUUGCCUGAGAUGACUCUCCUGUCUUGUGUGAAUGAGUAUUUUCUGAAGAACAAUAUUGACUAUGAGCCGGUGCACCUCUACAAAGAUGUGAAGGAUUCAAUCAGAGAUGUACACAUCAAAGGGAUAAUGUACCGUGCAAUUGAAGCAGAUAUUGAGAAAUACAUUUGUUAUGCUGAGCAGACACGUGCUGUGUUAGCAAAGCUGGCAGCUCAUGGAAAGAAGAUGUUCCUGAUCACAAAUAGUCCUAGCAGCUUUGUGGACAGAGGCAUGAAGUUCAUAGUUGGAAAAGAUUGGAGAGAUCUCUUUGAUGUAGUCAUUGUCCAGGCAGAGAAGCCAAACUUUUUCAAUGAUAAGAGAAGACCUUUCCGCAAAGUGACUGAAAGGGGUGUUUUGCUUUGGGACAAAAUUCAUGAAUUGCAGAAAGGCCAGAUUUACAAGCAGGGUAACUUGUAUGAAUUUCUGAAACUGACUGGUUGGCGAGGUUCCAAAGUCUUAUAUUUUGGUGAUCAUAUUUACAGUGAUCUAGCUGAUUUGACCUUAAAACACGGCUGGCGAACAGGGGCAAUUAUUCCAGAAUUACGAAGAGAGAUUAAGAUCAUGAAUACUGAGCAAUAUAUUCAGACUAUGACCUGGCUGCAAACCCUCACUGGAUUACUGGAACAUAUGCAGAUUCACAAGAAUCCUGAUUGCCAAAUGAUAUUAAAUGAGUGGAAAAAGGAAAGAAAGGAAAUGCGAGAAAUGACCAGGAAUUUCUUCAACUCUCGGUUCGGAAGCUUAUUCAGGACUGAUCAAAACCCCACCUAUUUCUUGAGGCGCUUGUCUCGCUUUGCUGAUAUCUACAUGGCUUCAUUGAGUUGCCUACUGAACUAUGACCAUGAUUACACCUUCUAUCCACGAAGGACUCCUUUGCAGCAUGAACUUCCAAUGUGGUCUGACCAGUUGUGCACGGGCACAUUCAGAAUACCGUUUCUUCAGGAGAUGAUCCAGAUCAAAUAACCUCCACAC